AUGAACUCUCCAGCCCCCAUUCUUCGUCCUGCCAUUCCAGGAAACCGGGGCCGUGCGGCGCCCAGAUUGGGGCUGGCCAUCCCCCCCUCACCAAACGUCAAGCCUGUGGGCAACCAGGCUGUUCAACCGCCUGCUAGGCCCCCCCUACCGACUCUGCACCUGGCAACGCCCAUGGGCAGCCAAUCCACGCCAUAUGAACAGCCUCCGAGGUCGCAGGGCAUCCAGCCCGGACAGUCUGCUGGCGGCGGCAGCGAGAGCAGUGCAGCUCAUUCAAGGUCGGGCAGCUUUGGCCCUCUUGAUGGCCGAGCAAGCAACCCCACGUCUGCGGGCUCUCAAUUUUCGGCCCUUUCAUUUGCUUCGCAGUUUGGCAUCCCUGUAACACGGCCCCAAGGAACCCCAGACCCUGUAUCGGCUGUCGGCUCCAUGUACUCAGAGCGAAGUGAGGGAGGAGUUUCCAUGGAGAGAGAUGGAAGUUUGCAGGGCCUGGAGGGCUUUGACCGACUGAGCGUCGAGAAAGCGAGGAAUGCCGACGUCGAAGAUUUAGAUGACGAGGGGUGGAGGAUUGCCAGCUUGGAAAAGCGAAUUGUUGAGCUGGGCAAUCUUGGUGAGGGCGCUGGAGGAGCCGUUACCAAGGCCAUGCUUAAAGGCGGCAAGACCAUCUUCGCUCUCAAGAUUAUUACCACAAAUCCUGAUCCUGAUGUUAAGAAGCAGAUUGUUCGAGAAUUGGGUUUCAACAAAGAAUGCGCUUCUGACCACAUUUGUCGCUACUACGGAGCAUUCGUUGACCCCUCCACAGCCACCAUUUCUAUUGCAAUGGAAUUCUGCGAAGGUGGCUCAUUAGAUAGCAUCUACAAAGAGGUCAAGAGACUGGGCGGCCGUACCGGUGAAAAGGUACUAGGAAAGAUUGCCGAGGGCGUUUUGGGUGGCCUUACUUACCUCCACACCCGACGCAUUAUCCACAGAGACAUUAAGCCUUCCAACAUCCUGCUGUGCCGUGACGGCGCGGUGAAGCUGUGCGAUUUUGGUGUCUCUGGAGAUUUUGGGACCAAGGGCGAGGCCAACACGUUCAUCGGCACCAGUUACUACAUGGCGCCAGAACGAAUUACUGGCCAGUCAUAUACCAUUACAUCUGAUGUAUGGUCCACAGGAGUUACGCUGCUUGAAGUAGCGCAACAUCGGUUCCCCUUCCCUGCAGAUGGCACAGAGAUGCAGCCUCGUGCAGGGUUGAUUGAUCUGCUCACAUACAUUGUGAGGCAACCCGUGCCAACCCUCAAGGACGAGCCCGUCAACGAUGUAUACUGGAGUGACAACUUUAAAUACUUUAUUGAAUGCUGUCUGGAGAAGCAGCCCAAUCGCAGAGCUAGCCCGUGGAAGAUGCUGGAGCACCCGUGGAUGAUCGAGAUGCGUUCCAAGAGGGUAAACAUGGUGAAAUACCUUUCCUUCGUAUGGGGCUGGGACGAAAAGCAGGUCUCCAGCUCUCGAUAGAAGACAUUGCCAUUGCUCAUCUACUAAAUCUAACGCACAUGUCUGAAAAUACUACACACCCUUCAUUGCUGUCGGACCAGCAGGCUGGCCUCGCCGCGCAGCGUAUAUCUUACCGGGGGGAGGAGCAAAUAAAUGAGAAAAAAGAUAUCUUAAGCAUGCGACCUAAUCAGACCAUUUGACGAUAUAUCGGGCUUACUAUGGUCAUGAAGAGAGGGGAAAUUGGUGGGUAGCACCGGGUUUUUUUAUUGCAUACUUCAGAAAGCGAGUAUCAAAGCAUUUCACUAUAUGAGAAAAGAUGAGGUGGUUUGUCCAUGCUGCAUUGAAGAUCUGCCAAGGGGAAAAAAAGGGCAUCUCUCAGCUUAUACUUGGAUAUCAAAGCGCUUGCACAUAGCGAUUCUUCAUGUCUUUUUUAUAUUUCUUUUUAUUCAAAUUUGUCAUCAACAUGGCGUGUAUACAAAGGAUCAUGUUUAGUUGUCCUAACUACCUUAUAUAAGAAAAGAAUUUCCAAAAAAAAAACAAAAAAAACAAAUAUGAAAUC